UCAGCCCGGAGCCAGGGGCCGGCGCGCUCCGUGCUGCCCGGGCGCUGCGCCCGGCCGGGGCUCCGCUCUGCUGGCCUUGGUUUCCCCAGCUGUCAACUGCGCACCUGCGUCGGCAGCCGCAGAGGCCCUCCCAGCCGCGGGAGCCUCUCGGAUUCGCUGUCUCGGCCCGGGGGGGCCGGGGCGGGACUGCGGGGCUCCCCUCCCCUCCGCUCCCCCUGCUCUCCUUCCUCCUCCCCUCCGCUCCCUGCGCGCUCGCCGCCUCCCGCCCGUGCGCUCGGCUGUGUGCUCGGAGGCGCGGGCUCCGCGGCUGGCGCUCCGGCACCUGCAGAGCUGCCCCUCCCAACACGGGGAUGGGGAGCCGAAUCGUGGGGGACUCAGCAGGCAGAGUGCACGGCAUGCUACGGGGAGUCAGACAGCGGCUCACCCUGGGGCCGCCUGGGACACACAGAGCCCUGGCUCUAAGUUCCUGACACUCCAAGGUCUCCCGCAGAAGACCCGGUGGGACGGAAGGGGACAGGCCUGGGGCAGCAGCGCAGCCAGGAGAAUCCUGCACUCCAGGGUCAGCUGGAGAUCCCCGCCGCUGCGCCAUGCCGGGCCCAGGGUGGCCUGCCACCAGCCCGGCCACCGUGCCCAAGUGGCCAUGAACGGCCACAGCCACAAUGGCAGCGCGGGGCGGCCGCUGGGCAGUGGGCCCGGUGCGCUGGGCCGCGAACCCCCGGACCCCGAGGCUGGCCGCCCCGCGCAGCCCCCGCACAGCCCGGGCCUGCAGGUGCUGGUGGCCAAGGGUGAGCCCGCCCGGCGGUCCCCCAGCAGUCCCCGCGGGCAGCCCCAGGACCAGGCGGAGGAUGAGGAGGACGAGGAGGAGGAGGAGGACGCCGCCGGCCGCCCGAGGGCCGUGGGGAAGCCGCCUGCUGCGGGCCACCGCCUGGGCCACCGGCGCGCGCUCUUCGAGAAGCGCAAGCGGCUCAGCGACUAUGCGCUCAUCUUCGGCAUGUUUGGCAUUGUCGUCAUGGUGACAGAGACAGAGCUGUCCUGGGGCGUCUACACCAAGGCGUCUCUGUAUUCCUUUGCCCUGAAAUGCCUCAUCAGCCUGUCCACCGUCAUCCUGCUGGGCCUAGUGGUGCUGUACCACGCCCGGGAGAUCCAGCUCUUCAUGGCGGACAACGGCGCGGACGACUGGCGCAUCGCCAUGACCCGCGAGCGCGUCUUCCUCAUCUCGCUGGAGCUGGCGGUGUGCGCCAUCCACCCGGUGCCCGGCCACUACCGCUUCACCUGGACGGCGCGGCUGGCCUUCACGUACGCGCCGUCGGUGGCCGAGGCCGACGUGGACGUGCUGCUGUCCAUCCCCAUGUUCCUGCGCCUCUACCUGCUGGGCCGCGUCAUGCUGCUGCACAGCAAGAUCUUCACCGACGCGUCCUCGCGCAGCAUCGGCGCGCUCAACAAGAUCACCUUCAACACGCGCUUCGUCAUGAAGACGCUCAUGACCAUCUGCCCGGGCACCGUGCUGCUGGUCUUCAGCAUCUCGUCCUGGGUCAUCGCCGCCUGGACCGUGCGCGUGUGCGAGAGGGAAGACAUGUACCAUGACAAGCAGGAGGUGACCAGCAACUUCCUGGGGGCCAUGUGGCUCAUCUCCAUCACCUUCCUGUCCAUCGGCUACGGCGACAUGGUCCCGCACACCUACUGCGGGAAGGGCGUGUGCCUGCUCACCGGCAUCAUGGGAGCUGGCUGCACCGCGCUGGUGGUGGCGGUGGUGGCCCGGAAGCUGGAGCUCACCAAGGCCGAGAAGCACGUGCACAACUUCAUGAUGGACACUCAGCUCACCAAGCGGGUAAAAAAUGCCGCUGCUAAUGUUCUCAGGGAGACGUGGCUCAUCUACAAACAUACCAGGCUGGUAAAGAAGCCAGACCAAGCCCGGGUUCGGAAACACCAGCGUAAGUUCCUCCAAGCCAUCCAUCAGCUCCGGAGCGUGAAGAUCGAGCAGGGGAGGCUGAACGACCAGGCCAACUCGCUGGCCGACCUGGCCAAGACCCAGGGCCUCAUGUACGAGCUGCUGUCGGAGCUGCACGCCCAGCAUGAGGAGCUCGAGGCCCGCCUGGCCGCGCUCGAGGCCCGCCUGGACUCGCUGGGCGCCUCCCUGCAGGCCCUGCCCGGCCUCGUCGCCCAAGCCACGCGGCUGCCCCGCCCGCCCCGCCCCCCGCACCCCAUCUUGGCCAUCACGUGGCCUGGCUGCCACUUGCGCGACUGUCCCAGGAGCCCAGCAGUCCCCUGGGGCUCAGGACCAGGAGCUGGGCCUGGCUGGACCCGGACCGAGGGGCGUCCUCCGGUCGCCGGCGGAGCACUGCGCCUGGCCCCUGCGGUGCGGAGCACUGGGGAGAGGUCCUCACCGGUCCAGUGAAGCCUGUGCGUGAGCCGCACACGGGGGCGCAGCGCCCGGGGCCCGGAGGACGGCAGUUCUGUGACUGUGACUGAGACUGCACUUGCCUGGAGCCGCCCUCAGCUGGGGCCAGCUCCUCGGAGCCGGCGAUGCCAGCGCAUCUGCAGCCGCCCGGCGGAGGACGCGGCCUGGCCCUGGCCAGAAGGCCGCAGCAGAUAACUGAGACUCUGGAGCCCGCCCCGCGUGGGCGGUGACGCGGCUGAGGGGUUGUCCGCCUGUCCCGGCGCUCCAGUUGCGCACCCGCUGUGUGCAAGGCCUGUGGUAUAAACUGCAAGCUGACGUCACAACACGGCCAGGGCAGGGUGGAGGCGGGAGGGGGAACCGAGGCUUAGCGGGCAGAGCCACUUGCCCAGGGCCACACAGUGCAGAGGGAUGGAGCCAUAGGUAAGUCCAGAUGGGGAGCCCUGGGCCCAAGGAGGACCUCCAGCAGGGCCUGGUGGCACACACUUGUAAUCUCAGCACCUGGGAGGCUGAGGCAGGAGGAUCACCACAAGUUCGA